CAUAGAGACAACUGAAGAACACAGAGCUACUGAAGAAAACUAGAUAGAAACAAUGGACGGACACAAUCAAGACAAAUGAAACUAUAGACAUUUUUUACAUUACAAAAAUGAUAGUUAAAAACAAAAGCCCACUCUUCGUGGUGGCCUUCAACUCUUUGCUUGCGCUUGCGACAGACAUUUGGGCUGGACUGCUUGGCAGUGCUGUGUUCAGACGCAAUUUUCACCUCCUAUUGUCAGGUGUGGUUCUAUUUGGACCAGCCCUGAGUAUGUGGGUGUCCAAGUACAGCAUUUUUGCAAACAGAAAUCACUACCUCUACAGGAUGUUCCUGCGCUCAAGCUGGGGCUGGACCUGCGUUUUUGCUGGCUCCUUUGUCUUCCUCUUCUCCUUCUCCAUCCGCCGAUCCCUCUGGCUCUCCCUGCGCCACGUCUCACGGAUAGGCACCGUGGGAUCUCUGUGGUGGGGUUCCCGCCGUCUCCUGACUCUACUGGAGAAUGCAGCAGGUAGCUGCUAUGAGCCCAUCUCUGCCACCCUGCAUGGGGGCCAGGGAGCCGGCGUUCCAGGGAAGUCCCUGCUGCUGCUGCACGAAGGCGAGAGCAAGACCUCCUGCCUGAAAGCGGGAAUGUUGUGGCGAGGCUGGCAGGUCUCCGAGGAGACCUGUCUCCUCUGCCUUUGCUGCUUGGUCCUGGCAGAGGAGACUGCUGUGUUAGGGCCCUUUCUGGCUCAGGGAGGGCCCUCUGGGGCCCCACUCCGCCUGCUAUUCCUGCUUUGUGUCUCCCUGUUGGGCCUGUGGCUGUUCCUGCUGCUCUGUCUGUUGGCACACUUUCCGCAGUUCCCCUCCCAGCUGCUGGGGUGUGCUCUUGGCUAUCUGGCCUGGAGGGGGCUGUACCAGGGCUGGUAUCGAAUGCAGCCCAGCUGGUGCUGUCCUGGGUGGCCUGGAGAGGGACUUUUACGCAACAGUUCAAACUGCCACCACAGGGAGCCACUAGGACGCAUUAAGAGGGGUGUCAAUGAUGUGUGGACACACUGACCCUUGACACUGAAGUAUAGCUGUGUCUCUGGUGAGGACAUUUCCCCAAGACUAUCAAAUAUUCCAAAGCAAAAAAAAAAGUGUGCUUUUCUCUAAAUGUUUUUUAUUCUUUGGAGAUACCUUUUAGGACCAACAGGAUCAGAGGAUUAUGUGAGACACCACAGUUUCAAGUGUCAAUUAUUUUUAAUCAUAUUUUAUGACAACAAAAUAAAAACAAAAUAAUGU